GAGAGGAUCUUUUCAAACUUGCGUCUUUCAGUUCUUGUUACACUCGCGCUGAAACGACACGUUCGAUUCUCUUCGAUACUUCUGGUGUCGGUCGGUGCCGGUUUGUACUUGUGGCGAUAUCGGUCAAUUGAGUGAGCAGCAAAAGCAUGAGCAGUGCUUCGUCCGGUAGAAUCACCAGCAGCAGCAGCAGCAACAGCAGCAGCAGGCCAUGCGGCAGUUCCACAGGCAGUAGUGCGAUGAACGGUGUUGGGUCGAAUUUUCGUGUGCCGAAAUGUGCACGGUGCCGGAAUCAUGGUGUCAUCUCGGGAUUGCGUGGACACAAAAAGCUAUGCUCGUACCGGAACUGCCGAUGCGCGAAGUGCGAAUUGAUUCUGUCACGGCAAAAGAUUAUGGCUGCACAGGUUGCACUAAAACGCCAACAAGCGGUCGAAGACGCCAUCGCAUUGCGAUUAGCGUCCACGGAGACUGGCACACAGCUGGAAGCGUUACCACCUGGCAAAAUUUACGGUAUGACCGUCACGGAACCAUGUCCCUCGCCGUCACCCUCUUCCUCUACCGCCUCCGUCGAUGUUAUCUCUUCAACGUCGUCAGAUGGCCUUGGAGGAUUCGAAACACCCGAAGAUGUGCGGCUGAGCAGACCGAAAGCCACUGGAAAUGUGACCGUGUCACAGAACGCACUGGACAUGCUAGCAAAGCUAUUUCCACACCGCAAACGUUCCGUGCUGGAGCUCAUCCUGAAGCGGUGUGAUUCUGACCUACUGAAAGCGAUCGAGCAGUGCAGUCAGACGCAGAAUAUUAGCGCCUUUAAGCCGCCAACUCCAACAGCACCGGCCACAACUGUACCAGUGCCAAGCACUAGCACCACACUGACCCAACCUCCGAUCAGUCCGAACGGUUACUCCCCAUUCAUUGCGUAUCCAAAAUGGCUGCUACCGAUGUCCAUACCGGUGUCCUUCAGUCAUAUUGCACCCAACCUGGCACCGCGGUGCACUCUUCCCAACUGUGUGAUGUGCGUUCAUCAUCCGAUGUAACGUUACUCGUUUUUAUGCUAAUAAUGGUUCGAUUGUGCGUAAGAUUUGCAUUUGAUAUUGAAAUAAAAUUACCAAAGAUUGUGAUUAAA